UAGUCCUGUUCUGAGUUUUGACCUUAGGGGUUCGACACGCCGGAGUGUGUUGCUAUGUGGACCACGUGAAUUCAGCUAACUCAGUGAUGGAUUAAAUCUGUUAAAGAAAGCUGUCACUUCAGCUCAUUUCAUUUUUUGAGGCUUAGAAUUCAUUUUAGUGUGCAAUGGGGAAGCCAGUGAAGAAAAGGAGCGUGUGUGAUAAAGUGCGAAAGAGUAGUGCACAUGAGCAGAUUAAGACCAACCCGUUUGAGGUGAAGAUCAACAAGAAGAAGUUUGAAGUUUUGGGUCGAAAAGGCAAACAUGAUGUGGGACUGCCAGGCGUGUCUCGCUCUAAAGCUCAUAACAAGCGUAAAAACACCCUGCUGAAAGAGUUCAGAAUGAAAAACAAAGCGAACUCCUUCAUCGACCGGCGUUUUGGAGAGUACGACAUCAAGAUGGCACCUGAGGACAAAAUUCUGAAGAGAUUUGCCAUGGAGAGACAGCGUACUCAGCAGAAGAAGGACAUGUUUAAUCUGAACGAUGAGGAGGAAUUAACACAUUACGGACAGUCGCUGGCUGAGAUGGAGAAGUUUACAGACGGAGUGGACAGCGAGAGCGACUCGGAGGAGAAAGGCCUGCUGUCUGCUGAAAUCACGGCGUCACACUUCGGAGGAGGCGGGGGGCUGCUGAGGAAGAAAACCGGCGAAGAAGAGGAGGCAAAAAACAAGAGCCGUCAGGAGCUCAUCGAGGAGCUCAUCCUCAAAUCCAAACAGGAGAAGAGAGAACGUCAGACACUGAAAGAGGAGACACAUGAACUGACGGAGAAACUGGAUCAGGAGUGGAAGUCCAUCCAGAGCCUUCUGGCACGGAAAACUCCCAAAGAACGGGAGGAGGAGAAGGACAAACCGAAGCUGGAUGAAUAUGACAUGAUGGUGCGGGAGUUGGGAUUCGAGAUGAAAGCACAGCCGUCUGAGAAACUCAAAACUGCAGAGGAGAUCGCCAGAGAGGAGCGAGAGAGACUGCAGAAACUGGAGGCAGACAGACGGAGGAGAAUGGAGGGAGAGGUGGAGGAAAACCCCAAACACACACACAUGUCGGCUGACGACCUCAACGACGGAUUCAUCCUCGACAAGGACGAUCGCAAAACACUGUCCUACCAGGAUGGGAAGUGGAACAUUGGGGAAGAGGAAGGUGAAGAAGGAGAUGAUGAAGAGGAGGAAAAUAUAGAUGAAGAAGGUGAGGAUGAUGGUGAUGAGGAUGGUGAUGGCGGAAGUGAUGAUGAAGACAACGAGGACGAAGAAGAUGAUGAUGACCACGAUCACUCUGACCUGGAAGACAGCCAAGAUGAUGAGGUAGAGGAAGAUGAAGAGAAAGAGACUAGUGCUGAAGUGAAGCACACUCUAAGCGAAGAGGAGAGGAGAGCGAUUCAGGACACAGCCCGUGCAGAGCUUCCCUACACCUUCACAGCUCCUGAGUGUUAUGCAGAUCUGAAGGCGAUGCUGCAGGGUCACUCAGCUGAUGACCAGCGGAUAAUAUUGGAGAGAACGAAGAAGUGCAAUCAUCCCAGUCUGGCUGUAGGAAACAAAGCUAAAUUAGAGAAGUUAUUUGGCUUCCUGUUGGAGUAUGUAGGUGAUCUGGCAACCCACAAUCCCCCAGAGCUCACCACCAUUAACACACUCAUCCCGCAGAUCUAUUCUCUGUCUCAGCUCUUUCCUGAAGCAGCGUGUCGGGUGAUGCAGUCUCUGAUUGCCGAUGCUGCUCACAGCAUGGAGGAGAGUAUAGAGGUUAAAGGUCGUGCUGCAAUCCCAGGCCUGGAUAUGCUCAUCUACCUGAAGAUCGUCACUCUUCUGUUUCCUACAUCUGAUUUCCGUCAUCCGGUGACAACACCAGCCUUCCUCUAUAUCAGCCAGGCUCUCACUAAGUGUGCGGUCGUGUCACUGGAGAACGUGUGCGCAGGUCUGAUCCUGUGUUGUAUAGCAGUGGAGUGUGUUUCCCUCUCCAAGCGCUUUAUCCCUGAGCUCAUUAACUACCUGCUGGGACUCCUGCACCUUGCUGCCCCCUCACACACCUGCACAGAUUACCAGGUGGUUCCUCCAUUCAGGCCACAGGGGAAGAGCAGUGAGCUGCUGCAUGUGUGUGAUCCACAGUCUGCUCACAGCUGGACCAAGAAAAGCAUCUCACUGUCAUCUGCACACAGAAUUACAGCUACAACUGAGAAGGAAAGAGACCAUUACAGGUUGUCUGUGCUUUACGUAUGUUUGGAUUUGGUAAAGAGAUGCACAACGCUUUAUCAACAACUUCCUGCCUACCAGCACGUCUUCCAGCCAAUCAGAAUCCUCCUGGCUAAACAUCUUCCUGUUACGGAUUUCCCAUCAGCCCUGCAGGAGCUGCACAAAGAAAUCCUCGAGGCCAUUCCAGAGACACCGUCCCAGCAUGCACCACUGGUAUUUGACAAGAAGAAGCCCAUCCCUCUCAAACUGCUGCAGCCCAAAGUGGUGGAAGUGCUGGACUAUGGGAAAAAACGAGGGAACACAAAGGAGGAGAAAGAGAGAGAGCGACUGAAACACAAGUAUAAGAAAGAGUUUAAAGGUGCUCUGAGGGAGAUAAGGAAGGACACACGCUUCCUCGCUCACACCAAACUGUCUGACGUGAUGCGCAGGGACGCGGAGAGGAAGAGGAAGGUGAAGGAUCUGUACAGUAGUUUGGCCAAUCAGGAGGGUGAGUGGAAAGCAAUGAAGAAAAGGAAGAAGAAGUGAUGUGACAGCGCAAACCCCACUUCCUAUGUGAAAAUCUGAAACUGUGUACAGUUCAGCGUUGUGAGAACGGCGUGAUGGAGCAAUACACACUUUUUAUUCUGCUUGAACCAGUUUGUACAUUGUGGUAAUGAGCAAGUAUUAAACCCAUACAGUAACUUUUG